UAUCAUUCGUACACGUAUGCAAAUUUACAGUUGCAUUAUCUUGAAAUGGCCGAGGCUAAGAGUACAGAGUUGAAUAUUACUCAGUGACGGUUCGAAGGAUAUGGUAAACGAUGAUCUCCGUGAGAUCUCAAAUCUCUUUGCUUCUGAGUUCAACAGUAGGGAGCUACAUGACCGGGUGUUGUGUUUUCAAUUCAUCGACGAUGAACUAAGCGGUAAACACGAGGCAAAAUGUGUCGAUGACGAUGAUCUAAGCGAACCAGGACUUGCAAUUGGGUCUAAAAAGCGGGGAUUUACUGACGAAAACGAAGAUGAAACAAAUCAGGAAGAAAAACAAUUGCCUCUGGAUAACAAACAUGACGAAGAAAAAAACGCAAGGAAGGGUAUCGAGAAAGAUGACAACGAGCCACAAAACAAAAAACAACGACUUUAUGAUAAUAAGACCGAAGGCGAAGGUCAAAGGAGCCAUGAAGAUCCAGAACGCUCGUCGAAACAAAGUUUAGAUAAGACACGGAAUAAACGAUCGUUGAUAUCAAAAAAGCAAGACAGUGGUAGUGUGGAAGAACAAGAUCUCCGGAAACCACAGAACAAACAGAAGCAGGGUCGUGGGACGGUUAAAAGCAAAAAAAACAUGAAUAAAAACGACAAUAAAACCAGAGAGUGCGAAAACUCUGAAGAUGAAAAAGAUGAAACAGCAAAUGAGACAAAAGAUGAAGAGAAACGGACAACGAGUAAGUUGUUCGUUCACAGCCAGUGGCUUGCGGUUCAAAGUCCUUAUUUCAAAGCACUUUUCUACUCCGGAAUGAAAGAAACAUUUACCAAAGAAGUUGUUAUGAUGAUCUACGAACACGAACUUCUAGCGCAUCUAACUUUAAUCGAAGCAAUGUAUAAAUUUGAUGUGCUCGAUGGUAAAGAUCAUCUUCUUAUUUCGAAAGUCCUUGUUCUCGCUCACAAGUACGAUGUACGUCAUGUAAUUAAGAAGUGUAAGUAUAUCUUGUUGUCCACAACACCAAGUUUGGAAAUCUGUGAAUUUAUCUUGAGGGAAGCAGCACAUCUUGAAGGCAUGACAGAGAUCUAUAAAAUUAUAGAGAAGUUCCUCGUUAAGGAAUUCACACCGAUUGACAAAACUUGGACAAUGGAUAAAUUCGCUGACCUUUCCGAAGCAGCCUUAAAGCUUCUUUUAGGGAGCGAUAAUUUGGCUACUCAAUCUGAAAACACGAUAUUUGUUGCACUGAUGCGGUGGGUUGAAUUGAAUAUCGGCUCGUUUGUAGAGGAAAAACCGGAUCUGUUAGAUGUAGUAAGAUUUCAGUUCAUGUCUGUGGAUUUUCUUCACGACGUAGUUCAAAAUCAUGUUGUCGCGAGCAAAAUUCCUGGCUUUAGCAAAUAUCUUGUGAAAGGUUUGGCAUAUCACGGAUUCUCGAAGAUCAGACGGAACCAGCUCGAUCCUAAGCCAAAGAAACGACCAGCACUGCCGAAAGAUGAUGGCGCAACAUUUUCUUGGGUGAUUGACGAGGAACUCCAGAAAACCCUUUCGGAUUCUCUAGGAGAUUCUAUUUAUUCAGAAGAAUUUUGGUUUCAGGGAUAUCAAAUGCAACUUGAUCUGAGCUAUGAAGAAGAUCAGAGUAAAUGUAGUUUUUAUCUCUCGAUUCUCAACUUGGGGGAAGAGUCAUGUUUGAAUGUCAGUUAUAGAGCUGAGUCCAUUUUAUUCGCUAAGCGGAUUUUAAGUUUACCAAAGACUUUGUUUACAGACAGCAAUUGUGAUUGGGGAUGGAGUAGAAUAAAACGUAACAAUGUCCGUACGGGGACGAACUAUACAAUAGACGUCUGGGUUGAUAUCGAUUAAAACACCUGUUCAGGCUGUUCUUUUGUUUAUUAUUCUAUUCUUGUUGACUUAUUCUAUUAUAUUGUUGACAUUGUGCGUUAUACCGACUUCAUACAGUGCUAG